GCCGCAGUCGAGGCGAUGAGCCACGCUCGCAGAGCUGGAGCCUCGUACAGUAAGAGAACUGCUGCGUUCGGCAAGCCCACCAGGGUGUUCCUCAGUGUCGCUCCCAGUCAGUUGACUGAUCUGCCGCAGGCGAUCAAGGCAGCCGAGUCGGGCAGCAGCGCCGAGCACGAUCCAGAGCAAGUACGAUCUUCCGACUCCUCUACCGACGGUCACGUGAUGCCUCAGGUGCGACAGCCUAACAGGGAGGUUCCCCCAGUCAACGCAUCGCAUCGCGCCAUGCACUACCCGGAAUCGUCAGCCACCACCGAACUGUCGUCGGACCUGGUAGACAUGACACUUCCUCAGUUGACCAAGCCCGCCCCAGACUUCUGCGGUACCGCCGUAGUCGAUGGCCAAUUCAAGGAAAUCAAGCUGUCGGACUACAAGGACAAGUACCUGGUCCUCUUCUUCUACCCGCUUGACUUCACCUUUGUCUGCCCCACGGAGAUCAUCGCAUUCAGCGACCGUGCUGAAGAGUUCCGCAAGAUCAACUGCGAGGUGGUUGCCUGCUCCACCGACAGCCACUUCUGCCAUCUUGCAUGGAUAAACACACCCCGCAAGGAAGGUGGCCUUGGCGAGAUGAAGAUCCCACUUCUGGCCGACAAGACCAGCAAGAUCGCGAGAGCCUACGGGGUCCUGAAGGAGGACGACGGUGUUCCUUUCCGUGGCCUCUUCAUCAUCGAUGACAAGGGCCUUCUGCGCCAGAUCACCAUGAACGACCUCCCCGUCGGCCGCUCUGUCGAUGAGACCCUCAGACUUGUCCAGGCCUUCCAGUACACAGACAAGUACGGAGAAGUCUGCCCAGCCAACUGGAAGCCUGGCGGAGACACCAUGAAGCCAGACCCCAAGGGUAGCAAGGCCUACUUUGCAAAGAGCGAUCACUGAGUCCCUCUUCCACAGCUUCAAGCCAAAGCCCACUUCUGUUCCACCCCAUGUCCAUGUGUGACACUGUACUGUUCAAUCCUGCUUCAUAUAAAGUAUUAAAAGAAACAUUUUUCAC